CCUUACCUAAUCUGAUUCUAGAAUCCAAACCCUAAACCUAACCGUGCCCGUUACCCCUGCCCCCUCCCCAUUCCAUAUCUUGUCUAUUGUAACAAUGGUGGCUUCCGCAAUUCUUAGGGCGUCAACUUUUACUGCUAGGGUUAGUUUACGGUUGAGUUGAGCAACGACUAUGGUAGAAAUUACAGUAUGUGAAGGCUUGUCAAGGUUUUUGGCAACACAAAGAAGGAUAUUCGAAUGAUUUUUGGUUAAAAAAGGGCAUUUGUGUCCUCCUCUGAACAUUUUGGUGGAGGAGACGCGGUGGUGACGCUGCCUUAGAUGUCGUAGACACCGAACUGAAAAGGGAAUUCAUUGACAACUAGUUGGCCCAGUGAAAUUCGAGCUCUGUUAUCUUCAAUUCGUACAUUGAAUCGUGGCUGUGCAUUUUCACAGUUUAUUAAAUCGAGAAUUUUCUAUAAGAAGGCUACAACAACUCAACAGUCUGUUAAAUCUGUAACUCACAGUUUGGGCCGAGUGUAAGAAACUAAGGCUUUCAAUUGAUGGUGGAGCCUAGGAACGCUAGAUUCUCGUGGAGGAGUGAAAUGUCGACCAUGGAGAAGAUGAAUCGACAAAGGGCUUUGGAAACCAACUCAGAUAAAACAUUGUUUGAUUUUAUGUAUAUUGAGGAAAGAAAGUAUUGUCCGUUGUUUGGGCUUUGGAUACUUAUCAAAAAUCAUAUGCAUGGCAGAGGUUUAAUUCAGAUGGUGACAAACCUUCUACUAAAAUGUAUGCAACAGGUAGUGCACUAUGUUUUUACUAUGUGGUGGAAGAGACACGGUUGAACACAAUGAGUUGGUUGUUGUGGGGCCAGUAAGUGCAGGAACAACUAUGAUGUGGGAAUGUAAUUUCUAAGAAAGAAUAAACAUGGGGAUCAUUAUGUAUGGCGAUUGCACAAGAGGGUCACGAAGGCAAUGAAGUUUUGAGUUUUUAUUCAAGUAUUUGUUAGUUUUAUGUUUCAUAUGUUUAAGAAUUAGAGUUAGAUUUGUAAAUGUUUGAAUUUUUGGAAGACGAUUUAACUUUUAAUUGAAUCGAUGUUAUGAUUUCUAUAUUU